AUGAUUAAAGAGUUCAGUAUUAAGGCAGCCUACUAUGGCAAUAUCUAUAUUGGAACACCUCCGCAGCAGUUUCUGGUGCAUUUCGAUACUACUUUCGCUAAUCUCUGGGUUCCAUGCAACGGCUGCUAUUAUUACAAAGAUUUUUGCAAAAAGCAUCGUAAGGUAAUAUAUGUUAUAAGUGUCAAAAGUUACCUGUUCAGUGUCUUUCAUUUAUGGUCAAUAUUCGGGCUUUGCUUCCAGUUCGAGUGGUAUCUUUCGGAAACUUGCAAAAUAACGGGGGAACCUUUCGGUUUCCAGUCGGGAAGCGGCGCUGUUGUGGGUGACCUCGACAAUGACAUUGUCUGUGUGAGUCCUAGCUUCCCACCUUAUCAAGCGCGGAAUAAUUAUAUUUCUCUAGUUUGGAUGUGGUUGCGGAAGGUACUGCACCAACAGAACUCAAGGAUUUGGUUGCGCCCUGGAAGUAACCGGCAGUUAUGCAGUAAGUGA